AUGGCGGCCACCACGACCACGACCUGCAGCUCCGGGAGCUCUUUGACCGCUCAAGCGCUCGAAAAGACGCUACAGGACCCGCGCUACGUACGCGGCGUCACGUUGCUCCAGCAGAAGCGUCUGGACGAAGCGCUCGUGGUGCUCGAGGACCUUUUGCGCACCAUGUGCGACGUCGAGAAGAAGAGCGACUCGCUCGAAGUCGCGCCCGUGUGCUACGAAUACGGCCACGCGCUGCUGAGUCUGCACGAGACAACAGCUGGUGUGUUCCAGUGUGCUACUUCAGCUGCUGCUGGACGGUCCCGCAGUGAGGAGGACGAGGCGAGCGGUGAAGCGGAAGAGGGUGGAGCACCCAAUGCACUGGACGAGGACUUGGAAGCUGCGUGGGACGUGAUGGAGCUCGCGCGGGUCAUUUACUCGCGCUAUCCUGGUGAUGAAGCCGUGGAGAAGCAGCUGGUUCGAGUGUAUACAAGACUAGGGGACUUGGGUCUCGAGAGUGACCAAUUUGAACAGGCCAAGGUUGAUUUUGAAAAGGCGCUGGAGCUCCGGAAGAAGCUGCUGAAGAGCAGUCAGGCUGAGGACACGACGCAGCUUGCCGAUCUGUACUGUCAGCUCGCUAUUACUUGUAUCUAUCGAGAUGCCAAGCCGGAUAAUAAGGAGACUACGGAGACAGGGUCGAAGGCCGAACUUGGCUACUAUGUCAUGGCUGGACGCAUCAUGGCGGAGAAUAUCCAUCGCGUGGCGAAGAAAUGCGAUGAAAAGCUGCAGCUGUUUGUUGACGCUCGUGUUCCCACGUAUUGCAAUGAAAAUGACGAGUCUGUGGACGUGGAGGGAAGUGGAAAGCGGAAAGCGUCGUCAAGUGCUGAGGCGUCGAAGCUCUCGCUGAAGUUCCACGGAGACCGUCCUGAUGCCGUCGGUGAUGCGUUUUUGGCUUGUGUUGGCGUGAAGAAGGAGGAAAAAGGUACGCUGAGAGACGACGAGAAGACGUUGUUGGAGUACCUGGAGAUUUACGUGGAAAUCAAGGAGAAGGUCGAUAGCAUCAAAGAGUCGAUGACUGAAGCAGGAGAUGAGGAAGCAAAAGAGGAUAGCAUUCCCGUGACGACUGUUGGGUUCGAAGCGUCCGAUGCUGUCGCUUCGGUCGUGAACGUGAUGUCGGUAAAAAAGCGAAAGACGGCGGCGCCUGCAGCCAUGCCCAACGGAGCGACGGAGAACCCCGCAGCCACGUCCGAUAAACCGACGGUGAACCCUACACUUGCUGACAGCAGCUGA